AAAAAAGAAUCUCAAAAAAAUCAAAAAAGAAAGAAAUCUUUUUUUCUUUCUCUUGCAAAUGAUAAAAGAAUCAGCUUCUGGUCGGAAAAAAAACUCACUCCUCACACUCUGCAACAAUGGGAUUCGAGAGCUCAUCAUCAGCUGCAAGCAACAUGAAACCUUCAAGACCACAAAACUCCAACACUGCUCAAUACUCCGUCGACGCUGGCCUCUUCGCUGACUUUGACCACUCUGUUUACUCAGGCAAGUCUUUCAACUACUCCAAAUCCAUGGCUUCCCCUCCCAACAACGUCCCUGACGAACACAUCACUGCUUACCUCUCCAACAUCCAAAGAGGCGGUCUUGUUCAGCCCUUUGGCUGCUUGAUCGCUGUUGAAGAGCCUACCUUCAAAAUACUCGGCGUCAGCGACAACUGUAUUGAGUUUCUUGGUCUUGCUUCCUCCUCUCACUCCAUCGAGUUUAAAGCUAAGGGUUUACUUGGAAUAGAUGCGAGAUCAUUAUUCACUCCUUCUUCAGGAGCUUCUUUAGCUAAAGCUGCUUCAUUCACCGAGAUUUCUUUGAUGAACCCUGUUUUAGUUCACUCCAGGACGACUCAUCAGAAGCCCUUUUACGCUAUCCUUCACAGGAUAGACGCAGGGAUUGUGAUUGAUUUGGAGCCUGCUAAGUCUGGUGACCCGGCUUUGACACUUGCUGGUGCUGUUCAGUCUCAGAAGCUAGCCGUUAGAGCUAUCUCUAGGCUCCAGUCUCUCCCCGGAGGAGAUAUUGGUGCUCUUUGUGAUACUGUUGUGGAAGAUAUUCAGAGACUAACCGGUUACGACCGUGUUAUGGUUUAUCAGUUUCAUGAGGAUGAUCAUGGUGAAGUUGUUUCGGAGAUUAGACGGUCUGAUUUGGAGCCUUACUUGGGUUUGCAUUACCCUGCUACUGAUAUUCCACAAGCUGCUAGGUUCUUGUUUAAACAGAACCGUGUCCGGAUGAUUUGUGAUUGUAAUGCAAUGCCGGUUAAGGUUGUUCAGAGUGAUGAACUCAAGAGAUCUCUUUGUUUGGUUAAUUCAACACUAAGAGCUCCUCAUAGCUGUCAUACUCAGUAUAUGGCUAAUAUGGGAUCUAUUGCCUCUCUUGCACUUGCUAUUGUGACUAAAACCAAAAACUCUAGCAAGCUUUGGGGGUUAGUAGUGGGUCAUCAUUGUUCUCCUAGAUAUGUGCCGUUUCCACUACGUUACGCUUGUGAGUUUUUGAUGCAAGCGUUUGGUCUUCAGCUUCAGAUGGAGCUUCAGUUAGCGUCACAGUUAGCUGAGAAGAAGGCUAUGAAGACGCAGACAUUGUUGUGUGAUAUGCUUCUCCGUGAUACUGUCUCAGCGAUUGUGACACAGUCUCCUGGGAUCAUGGACCUUGUGAAGUGUGAUGGAGCUGCUUUGUAUUACAAGGGGAGGUGUUGGCUUGUUGGUGUUACUCCGGACGAGUCACAAGUUAAAGAGCUUGUGGAUUGGCUGGUGGAGAAUCACGGUGAUGAGUCAACAGGUUUAACUACUGAUAGUUUGGUGGAUGCUGGUUACCCUGGUGCUGUCUCACUAGGAGAUGCUGUUUGCGGUGUGGCUGCAGCGGGGAUUUCAUUGAAAGAUUACUUGAUUUGGUUCAGGUCUAAUACUGCUAGUGCGAUCAAAUGGGGAGGAGCUAAACAUCAUCCGAAGGAUAAAGAUGAUGCAGGAAGAAUGCAUCCGAGGUCAUCUUUUAAAGCGUUUCUUGAAGUUGCUAAGAGCAGGAGCUUGCCUUGGGAAGCCUCUGAGAUAGAUGCUAUACAUUCCCUGAGGGUUAUAAUGAGAGAGUCGUUUACUACCUCAAGGCCUGUGUUGUCUGGUGGUAAUGGUGUGGGGAGAGAUGCUAAUGAGCUUACUUCUUUUGUUUGUGAAAUGGUUAGAGUGAUUGAAACCGCAACUGCGCCUAUCUUUGGUGUUGAUUCUAAUGGAUGUGUCAAUGGUUGGAACAAUAAAGCCGCUGAGAUGACGGGGUUGCAAGCUAGUGAAGCCAUGGGGAAGUCACUUGCUGAUGAGAUUGUUCAAGAGGAGUCACGUGGAGCUUUUGAGAGUCUCUUGUCCAAGGCCUUACAAGGUGAAGAGAAGAAGAACGUUAUGCUUAAACUGAGAAAGUUUGGUGAUAACAAGGAUUCAUCUUCUUCUUCUGAUGUGUGUGUUCUUGUUAACUCAUGCACUAGUAGGGACUAUACAGAGAAAAUCAUCGGUGUUUGCUUCGUUGGUCAAGACAUAACUAGUGAGAAAGCAAUAACGGAUAGGUUCAUUAGACUACAAGGAGAUUACAAGACUAUUGUCCAAAGCUUAAACCCAUUGAUUCCACCAAUCUUUGCAUCUGAUGAGAAGGCUUGUUGUUCAGAGUGGAACGCAGCAAUGGAGAAGCUUACAGGUUGGUCAAAACAUGAGGUGAUUGGGAGAAUGUUACCUGGUGAAGUCUUUGGAGAUUUAUGUAAAGUGAAGUGCCAAGAUACACUCACAAAGUUCUUGAUCUCUUUAUACCAAGGAAUCUCUGGUGGUAAUGUUCCAGAGAGUUCACUGGUUGGGUUCUUUAGUAAAGAAGGGAAGUACAUAGAAGCAUCGUUAACGGCUAACAAGAGUGUCAACACGGAAGGGAAAGUCAUAGGAUGCUUCUUCUUCUUGCAGAUCAUCAAUAAAGAGUCGAGUUCAAGCUGUCCUGAGCUGAAAGAGAGCGCUCAGAGCCUCGAUGAGUUAGCUUACAUAAGGCAAGAGAUCAAGAACCCUCUCAACGGUAUCAGGUUUGCACAUAAGCUUCUUGAGUCCUCGGAGAUUUCAGAGAACCAAAGGCAGUUUCUGGAGACUAGUGAUGCUUGUGAGAAGCAGAUUGCAACUAUAAUUGAAGAGACAGACUUGAAAAGCAUUGAGGAAGGCAAGUUGCAACUGGAAACAGAGGAGUUUCGGCUUGAGAGUGUCUUGGACACAAUCAUUAGCCAAGUGAUGAUUAUGUUGAGAGAGAGGAAGUCACAAAUUAGAGUUGAAGUAGCUGAGGAGAUCAAAACUUUACCUCUCUAUGGUGACAGAGUAAAACUUCAGCUCAUACUUGCUGAUCUUCUGCGCAACAUUGUGAACCAUGCACCGUUUCCAGAUAGUUGGGUAGGAAUCAAAAUCUCACCACACAACAAGCUAGCACACGACAAUGUUCCCUAUAUCCAUCUACAGUUCAGGAUGAUACAUCCUGGGAAAGGAAUUCCUUCAGAGAUGCUAAGUGAUAUGUUUGAGACUAGAGAUGGAUGGGUGACGCCUGAUGGGUUAGGACUUAAGCUAUCACGGAAACUACUGGAGCAGAUGAAUGGUCGUGUGAGUUAUGUCAGGGAAGACGAACGUUGUUUCUUUCAAGUGGAUCUUCAAGUCAAGACAAGGUUAGGUGUUGAGACCAGAGGAACAGAGACUGGUGGUUCAAGCGUAUAGUAGAGAUUUUUUAAGUUGCAAAAGCAUAUAAUAAAAAUUGUGAUGAAUUUUGAUCCUUUUAUGGUCUGAAUGUAAGUGUUAUCAUUCAAACAAAGCUUCCCAUUAUUUAUUAUCAAUAAGAGGUACCUUAGUCAUUCCUAUGUACAUGAUUAAGCAAACCAAUAAAAAACAAACCAUAUCCAUCAAUUUACAGUACUUUUGUCUGCUCAUUAUCAUGAACAUCAUCAUCAUCAUCAUCAUCUCAUCCUAGAAACUGAAUAUUUACAUUUGAAACUAGAGGCAAUAAAGGGUUCAUUUGAAUGUCAGCUUCGAUA